CUACUGGGAAAAAUAAACACUGUCAUUCCUCUGAAAGAUCUCGACCAUUACGUGUACAUAGGAGCCCAAUCUAGACGGAUUUCUCCCGUUCGGAAAUAGGGUUUUUUGUCGAUUUUGCCCCAAAAAACAGGUCACCCAGAGGUAUCCUGAGCAGGGAAUAAUAUUUCUGAGGGUUAUAAAACAUUGAACUCGAGAAGAAUGGCAAUGUCAGUUACAGUUUUGUGUCCAAAUGGGAGAAGGGUUGGUGUAAAAGUUACUCCAAAUACCAGCAUUUUACAGAUAAUUGAGGAUGCAUGCAAAAAGGAAAAAUUUGACCCUGAUCAAUAUGAUUUGAAACAUCUUCAGCGCACCUUGGAUUCGUCUAGCACAGUUCGAUAUACCAACUUGCCAAACAAAUGUCAGCUAGAACUCGUUCAGUGCACUGUCCCAAGAAAGUCGUCUGUCAUUACUGUUAAUGUUGCUGCCGAUGCAGGGACUCGCUUUGUUCAUGACUUUACGCCUGAUACAACAUUGUGGGAGAUAUUAAACCAUCAUGAGCAACAAGGCAAUGAAGGAGCAUUCCUUCCUCCUGAGGGUGAUUUUCGCGAAGCAGUAAUCGUCUACAUGAUGAGGAGAAUUAGCGGCUCUGAUCUCAAAACCACAACACUCAAAUCCUUGGGGCUUACCAGGGGGAAAUGCAUGUUUAGGCAUAGUUUUCAAACAAUAGGAUGUACAGGACAAGCACAUGUUGCUGCUCCUUUGGCACGGCCCAAACUCCCUAAACCAGAUGCUCAAGUUCCAGAAGUUCCUAAAAAGGUAGUACAGAAUAUCCCAGAAACAGAACCACAGGUACCUCAGCCAUCAGUCUCCUCUAAAGAUGCUGUGAAACCUGUUGAGGAACCUGUUAGUCAAAAAGAAAGCACGCCGCCCACUUCUGUGCCAGGAAAUUUUCCACAGGGAACUCCCUACACCCUCUCUUCUGCUCCAAAGUCGUGCCAAGAUGUUCAGUCCCAGAAUGGGGAGCUUCAGCAAGAUAUUGUUACAAAUCGGAGACAGUCACCACGACCCGUGCCUAUGGAUGUUGAUGAAGAAUGUGCCAGUACCUCAUCUCAUAAAAAGCGAGAAACAGAAACUUUUGAAGUCAAAGAGAGUGUUGUAAAGCUUGGUGCACGAGAUGCUUUUCUCUUUAAUAUAGAUGAUGCUCCACCUACCAGUUUUACAGUUGAAGAUGAAGCCUUCUUUGACUUGACUGUUGAUGAAGUCAAAGGCCUUUAUCGUGAACAACAGAAAAUGCUGAGGUCACUCGAAGAUGUACCUCUCAUGACGAAACAGAUGAGGGAAAUGCAUGAAACGUCCAAAGUUCUCUGUGCGCUCAAUCAGUUCCCUGUCACUCGGCUUCGCAUAUAUUUCCCUGAUAACAAUGUUAUCCAGGCAGCCUUCAAACCGACAGAAACAGUUGCUCAGGUUAUGGAUUUCAUCAGGCAGUUUUUAUCUGAUCCAAAUGCUGAAUUUUGUCUGUGUAUGAGACACCCACAGAGAACUCUGGAUCCACAGGUAUCUCUUGUGUCGGCAGACUGUGUGCCAAAUGCCAGGUUAUAUUUUACGUCUUCAUUGUCAUCACCGUACUUGAAUGACGAAACCCUAGGCAAAAAGUCUUCCUUUAGCUCUUCAUGUAGUGCAAUAAAGUGUACAAGAGUGCAGAAACCUAUGCAAUCACUGGAGACAUUUGACGAUGGUGAGCCAGGAAGUUCUUGUCAGAAAUCAGCAGUUCCAGAAACAUGCAACAGUGAAGCAGGAUAUCAAAAGAGGACCAAUACAAGUAUGCAUGCAACAGGAGCUGUUAAAAAAGUUCCCAAGUGGUUCAAAACAGGGAAAUGAUCUUUUCAGGCUUGUGAUAUUUUUUAUCCACUAUAAUGUAAGUUGUAUCCUUAGUGAAGUAGAUUUUUUAUAGUUUAAACUGGUAAGAAAUUGUAUUAUAUUUGAUAACACCUUGAAAUAAAUGGAAACAGAUAGACUACCUUUGCUAUGAGGGGUCAAAUUUCUUUUUCGAUUAGUUGGACAGGAAAGAUUUUAACAGCUAACCUAUCCCUUAUGUAAACAUAAAACCCUCCCUUUUCAGUCUUAUUCUUGGGAAAUAACACACACACAUGUUUGUGUAGUGGUUUCUAUCUUGGAAUAAGUUAAAAGUUGGUUAAAUAAAAUGUGUUAUUCUUUUCUUAAGAGCAUUUCAGAUAUAUGUAUCUCCAUAUAAUCAUGUACAGUAAUGAGGUGUAUUUUGCUUAUGGUAAAGUCAGAAGAAAAAUGACAAAAAAAUUGAUUUUGAUGUCCAUGCUGCAACUAGCUUUUUUACACCACCGUUCUGUCAUUAGAAGUGCUUGUUGUUGAAAGAGGGUCACUUCUUUAUAAAAAAAAUCUUUGGCUCUUGCUAAGGGGAGAACCUUUGUAAUGUUAGAAAUGCCAGGUGUAGAACACUUUGCUGUAUGUUUUGGAAUUCAUUUUAACCACUUUGGUAUGGUUUAUCCACUCAGUGCCUCUGUUUUAGGCAAUUUGCAAUAAUAUUUUAGUGCUAUGGUACAUCUGUUAGCCUGUUUUUUAUUGAAUUUCUUAUUUAUCGAGUUUUUUAAAUAUUGGUUGCAUUGCCCAGAUAUUAUAUUUGAUCUUACUUGAGGUUUUCAGAUAAAAUCUGAAAUAUGCAUAUUAGUUACUUUUGGUGGUGCAUUUUGUAUUUAUUUAUUUGUAUUAUUGAUGUGAUAAAAGUAAAUUUACAUAUGAACUUUAACUGAAAUAAUAGUGGUACUCUGUAAUGCCAAGAAAAGCCGGGUGCACUGUAAAUUACUUGGAAAUUUAUAUAAUUGCUAUGUUGCAACAAAAAUAAAACCAUAUCCGUUUGUC